AUGGCGACUAGACCUCCUCCUCCACCUCCACAACCCGAUCAAUCCGAGAUGAUGCGAAUGAUGGAAGCAUUGAUGAACUCAAUGCAACAGCAGAAUGCUGCCUUACAUCAUCCCGCCAAGUUUAAUGGAAAAUGUACUCUGGAUGAGGCAGAUCAGUGGUUUAGAGAUAUGGAACGGAUCUACAACACCAAAAGAUGCCCAGAAGACAACAGAUUGGCCUUCACAGAGUACUUGUUGAUUGGAGAGGCCAAGCACUGGUGGAGUAGUGUGAGAAUGAUCUUGGAGGGGAGCAGAACCCCUAUCACUUGGGAUCUGUUUAAGAGAAAGUUCUACAGGGAAUACUUUCCUGAUAGCGUGCAUUUUGCAAAGGAAGUAGAGUUUUUGGAACUUGUUCAGGGUAACAUGUUUAUAUCUGAAUAUUGCCACAAGUUUGAAAAUGGACUGAGGGGAGAUAUUAAACUACUGGUGAAGGGGCUUCGCUUGAGAGAAUCCCCUGCCUUAGUGGAGAUGGUGCAAGAGAUGGAGAAGACUAAGAGGGAGGCAGAGGGAUACCCUAGUCAUCAAAGCCAACCACUGAGGGUUGGAGGGCCAGUACUUUCCAGAGAGAGAAAGAGAAAUAUUGUUGAGGAUAACAGGGAAUGCUCCAUUAAUGCAGAGAAAGAGAAAGAAAAAGAUUAUUGA